AUGUGGGCGCUGCGCAGCGACGGCGGCGGAGGAGAUGAGUGGAUGCCGAAGGGUUAUGAGAAGAGAGUCGUCGAGCGAGGCUUGGUGGUGAGAGGAUGGGCCCCGCAGGCGGAGAUCCUGUCCCACCGGGCUGUGGGGGGGUUUGUGAUCCACAGCAGGUGGAACUCGGUGAUGGAGGGGGUGUGUAGCGGGAUGGCCUUGGCCACUUGGCCCCCCCACUCGGAGCAGUUCGUGUUAGAAAAGUUACUAGUGGAUGUGCUCAAGAUAGCGAAGCCCGUGUGGGAGGGGAUCAAGAGCAUGGCCAACAGCAAGAAGGCGGUGGUGCCAGCGAACGCGGUGGCGAGGGCAGUGGUGCGGCUCGUUGGCGGCGGGGAGGAAGUGGCAACCAUGAGGAGAAGGGUGCGAGAGCUGGUAGAAUUGGGCAGGAAGGCGGUGGCGGAGAGAGGCUCGUCGUACGAAGAUAUGAGCCGUCUGGUCGAGGGGCUCAUGGCUUGCCGCAAGGAGCGUGAAAAGUCACAAGUGUAA